ACUUCCUCUCUGUGCAGCCGAACUGGGCCGAGCAGCUCUCGUGGAAUUUUCCUCUAGAGAGAGAAGGCGGCAGAGAGAACGACGAAUAUGUGCCCCACGAAGCAGAAGCAGAAACUGAAGCACCACAGAGCCGGCGCCGAACUUGCCGGACGGUGCUCCAGAUCGCCCGCUGGGGAGCAGGGCGGCGACUGGAGAGACGAAGCAAUCAACGGUGGGUCUCUGAAACACGUGGACCUCCACACGGGAUCCAACGGCUGGGCUUCGCCUCCAGGCGAUCUGUUCUCCCUCCGAGCCAAAAACUUCUUCUCCAAGAAGCAGAAGUCCCCCUCUGGUGAGUGGUUGCUACAGCCGGCCGGUGUUGACUGGCUCCGGUCGGCGGCCAAGCUCGAGAACUUGCUCGCGCGCCCGGAGAAUCGAGUCAUGCACGCGCUGCGGAAGGCUCAAUCGCGAGGCGAGUGCGGCAAGACCUUCAUUAUCGCUGUCAAUCUCCAGGUCCCCGGCCGGGACCAGCACAGCGCGGUUUUCUACUUCGCGACCGACGAUCCGAUCCACUCCGGCUCGCUUCUCCAGAGGUUCGUUGACGGCGACGACGCGUUCCGGAACCAACGGUUCAAGAUCGUGAACCGGAUUGUGAAAGGACCUUGGAUCGUCCGGACCGCCGUGGGGAACUACUCGGCUUGCCUCCUCGGGAAGGCGCUGACGUGUACCUAUCACAGAGGUCCGAACUACCUCGAGAUUGACGUCGACAUCGGAAGCUCGGCGAUCGCCAGCGCGAUCCUGCACCUCGCAUUGGGAUACGUGACGGCGGUGACGAUCGAUAUGGGGUUUCUGGUGGAGGCGCAGGCGGAGGAGGAGCUCCCGGAGAGGCUUUUCGGCGCGGUUAGGGUUUGCCAGAUGGAAAUGUCUUCGGCUUCGUUCGUGGAAACGACGCCGUCUCGGAAAAUAAAUAUCCUUAACAUCAACCACAGCAGGGUUGGGGCCGCCAAACCUGAGGACGACGACGGCGACGAUUGAAUUUGAGAGCGCCGAUGAACCGAUGGUACAGGAGAAUUAAUGCUUUUGAUUUUGGUUUUAAGCUCUUUAACAGCUCCAUUUUCAAAGCCAACCCUUUUUAUGGGGAUCGAUGGUUGUAGAUAUAGAUAAAUAACUUCUAGCAAUGUCGGCCAUUUGCUCCUCCUCCUCCUCCUGUCUAGAAACUUCAAUUGCUCUUUUUGACUCUUCUAAUGAAAUGAUUGAAGAUGAAA